AUGGAGGCCUGGCUCAUCAAGGCAUUGCGUCUGGCGCAUUCGAAAAAACCUGCAGACCAAGAGAGAUUGCGCAGGUUUUAUCGCGAGGUCUGUGACAAUGAGUCCGUGGCGUCACGAAUCACGUUGGCGGAUGCUCUGCGUGAACCACGUGAUCCUACUGUGAAUGUGGACUCGGUAGAGGUAAGAUUAGUAGUGGACCCCCUAGAAUUAGUGUUUGAUUGCAGGUGUCAUUCCCGCCCCCUCCCGUUUAUUCCCGAGCAAAACGUUCUGUGCCUUUGUUCGUCGGGAACAAUAACAUUAAACGUUUACAGUUUACAGAACAACAAAGUCGGAAAACAAACUUGUCACCAACAAAGGACCUUAUUUUACAAUUUGAUUACUAACUUCCUAUCAACAAAUCAUACUAAUGAGACCCUUUUCUUCCGUGUGGUAAAAUCAAGUGUUGUCACAAAUACUUUUUGCAUAGCUGGGGUUUGGGAUCAGGCUGGUGAAUAUCCAGUCACCACACAGUCACUCUGA